AUGAUUGAAUGUAUCGAGAAUUACUUAAAAACUUUUAAGGAGAAGGAAAACAUGUAUGUGAAAAAAAAAGUGUCCAUCAUUGGAUCGCCCCUGUCGGCUGGACAACCCUUGGGAGGAGUGAACCUGGCUUGUGAUAAUUUAAGGAUGCUCGGUUUGCACAAGGUGAUAGAUUCCUUGGGAUGGAGUUACGAAGACGUUGGAAAUGUUGGUACUGGCGGAAGUGUGAGCAGCGUUGGAAGUACUGUGGGCGAAGAUAAUGACAAUUCGCAAAAUCAUAUAGACAUUAAUGAUCACAAGGGGGGAGGAUGCAUGACGAAAAAGUGCGUACAAAACAACUACUAUAAUAAUAUAAAAAAUGUUGAUAUUGUUGGAAAAUUUAGUGAAGAACUAUUUUACGCAAUGAGUAAAGAAUUGAGAAAGAAAAAUUUUGUAUUAAACAUUGGAGGUGACCACAGCGUUGCAUUUCCUAGCAUUUUGAGCGCUUUGCAAUUUUACCCAGAUUUAAGAGUGAUAUGGAUAGAUGCCCAUGGAGACAUUAACAUCCCGGAGACCUCUCCCUCAGGAAAUUAUCAUGGCAUGGCUUUAGCUCACACUAUAGGGCUCUUUAAAAACAGAGUGCCAUGCUUUGAAUGGUCUGAAAAUCUAACAUAUUUAAAACCAGAAAAUGUCGCUAUCAUUGGAAUACGAGACAUCGAUAUAUAUGAGAAAAUUAUUUUAAAAAAAUGUAACAUUAAUUAUUAUACAAUCUUUGAUAUUGAAAAAAAUGGCAUAUACAAUACCAUCUGUACAGCUCUUAAACUGCUAGAUCCCCAUGAAGAAUUCCCAAUACACGUUUCUUUCGACAUUGAUAGUGUUGAUAGUUUUUUUGCUCCAGGAACUGGAACCAUUGCCAAGGGGGGACUAAAUUACAGAGAAAUUAAUUUAUUAAUGAAAGUUCUGGCAGACACAAAGCGCGUCGUUUCAAUGGAUUUGGUAGAAUAUAACCCAUCUCUCGACGAAAAUGAUAAAAAGGUUCACGGAGAUUCCUUACCCAUUUCGGAGUAUGCCACAAAAACGGGAAAGCUUUGUCUGGAACUUAUUGCCAGGGUUCUCGGCAACGACAUCGUCUAG